UCUUUGGUGCGUUGUUUAUGUAGUCACGUGCGUAAGAAUGGUAAACGGAGCAGGAUUGUGAAGUGCAUAACUUGUUACAUUUGAACUUUUUAAUUUUGUUAAGAGAUGGUUUGCUAAUAUAAAAUUCUUAAGUUCUGAAAAUGAGGUAAUUUUUCCCCAUUCAAGAAUCUGAAUCGUAAGGAUAAUGUCGCCCUCGUUGCAUAUGAACCAAACAUGCACGGUUAUAACAGUUGAUUCUACAGUGCUGACGUCUAAAAAUUGUGAUGAAGUUAAAACUAUUGACGUUGCAGAAUUAAAUGAAAGUGUUCAACAUGUGUCUCACGAGAGUCAUGAAAAUGAAGAAGAGACCAAACUAAGGUGCAUCACUUGCGCAUCGCUUUCAGAUUGUGGUACUUGGUUUGCUGCAUGCACAAAAGACAAAAGACUGUACCAGUGGCGAACUGUGUCGUGGACUUUAUCGUCAGUAAGAAUACUGAACCGAGCAGCAAGUAGUGUAAAAUUUACGCCAACCGCUCAAGGUAUUGUGGUUGCAGACAAAACAGGAGAUGCAUAUUUGUUUUCUGUACAGAACAACACAGAGAACGGCCAAUUGUUACUGGGACAUCUCUCAAUGUUAUUAGAUGUGAUUAUAUCUUCGUGUGAAAAUUUUAUAGUUACGUGUGACAGAGAUGAAAAGAUAAGAGUAUCGAGAUUCCCGAAUGCAUAUAACAUUCAGUCAUACUGUUUGGGACAUGAGGAAUUUGUAUCCAGGAUAGAAUUUUUUCCAGGUGACGGGAACAUUCUGGUUUCAGGUUCAGGAGAUGGGUCAGUCAGAUUUUGGGAUUACUUAGAAGGAAAACAGAUAGGCAUUAUACAUUGUGAUAGUGAUGUAAAAAUGAAAUCCUGCCAAGAAAGUAAUGGUGAAGCUGAUGAUAAUUGUGGUUCCAAGGAGCCAUUGGCAGUAAGACAUUUUUCAGCCAAGGAGAGUAGUAAAGGUGUUAAUAUACUAGCUGUGACACUUGCUACAUUCAGUGGUUGUAUUUUAUAUAGUAUUUCAGGUAAUAUAACUGCAGUGCAUUCAGUUUUGCUUAAUGUAUUGGCUCUUGAUGUUGAACCAUGGGAUAUUUUGCUAACUGAAAAUCGAGAGUUGUGGUGCCUUGCUUCUGUCGAAAGACACCCUGUUUCUGUGUACAUGUAUAAUGACAAGACAUCAGAAUUUUUGCCAGAUGGACAAUCUGUUGAUCGUAAAUCGGAGUUUCUUGCAAAUUCUUUUAACAGUAAGUGGGAUUUGUUUAAAAGUGCACCACCACCAGUGAUUGAACCAGUCAUGCAUAAACGAAGAUUUGAUGACCUGCAAGAGUACAAGGAAAGAAAGCGGCAAAGGCUAGCAGAUAAAUUGUUAUAGCUUUCUCAGUUGAUUUAAAAAUGUAUACAGGUAAAUGUGAAGGGGUCACACUUUGUGAAAUGUUGUUGUGAAACAGUGUUAAUUAAACAGUAAGAUGCUAUUGAUUAAA